AUGGAGCCCAGCCCCAUCGCAGUCGAGGCCUCGGCCCACUCGCCCGAGUUCCCCCUCAAGGGCAAAACGGCCCUCGUAGAGGCCAUUGAGGAUGUUCUAUGUGGAUCGAUUGCCGGCGCUGUUGGCAAGUAUAUCGAAUAUCCCUUCGACACGGUCAAGGUCCGACUACAGAGUCAACCCGAUCACCUCCCAUUACGAUACACCGGUCCCCUGGAUUGUUUCCGACAAUCUAUAAAGAGUGAUGGAUUUUUAGGGCUAUAUCGAGGCAUCAGUGCUCCUCUUGUGGGCGCUGCUGCUGAGACGAGCAGUCUAUUUGUCUUUGAGAGCCUCGGUCGCGAGUUGUUCUUUAUGAGCGGAUAUGCUUCGCGAGAGAAGGGACUGUCUCUGCCCGACCUCUGGCUAACCGGCGCUUUCUCCGGCGCAUUUACCUCUUUUGUCCUCACGCCCAUUGAGCUCGUCAAGUGCAAGAUCCAAGCACCUGGACUUGAUGGAUCCAGUCGCGGCCCCCUUCGCCCGAUCCCUGUCAUCAAGGAAGUCUUCCGGCACGAGGGUCUGAGGGGCUUCUGGCACGGUCAACUCGGAACUCUGAUCCGAGAAGCUGGUGGUGGUUCAGCCUGGUUCGGCGCCAAAGAAACAGUGUCAACCAUGUUUUACCAGGCCAAGACAAAGAAGGCAACUUCAGAGGCUGAAAAGCAAAAGAUCCUAGACACACCUCUUCCUCUUUGGCAGCAAGCCGUUGCAGGCGCCUCGGCUGGUGUGUCUUACAACUUCCUCUUCUUUCCCGCAGACACCAUCAAGUCCCGGAUGCAAACCGCACCUGUCGGCGACCUGCGAGAGAGACGAACAUUCUGGAACGAGGGCUCGGCUCUCUGGCGGCAGCAUGGGCUACGAGGCAUGUAUCGAGGAUGUGGCAUCACGUGCCUCCGAUCAGCGCCGAGCUCUGCUUUCAUUUUCAUGGUUUACGACGGUCUAAAGCGAUACAUCACCGUGCAAUAG